UAAUUCUCUCCCCAAACGAUUUUCUAAGAACUCUUUCUCAAACUCCAGAUUCAAAACAAAAGAUGCUAGCAUUCAACAACAGAAGUGAAGAGCAGAGCCAGCUACAGAUCGUCGAAAGAGAAGAGAUCGACGAUGAAGAAGACUUGUUCGAAGCAAUCGAUAAACUGACAACUCAUGGAAUCAAUGCUGGAGAUGUGAAGAAACUGCAGGAUGCAGGGAUCUACACCUGCAAUGGCUUGAUGAUGCAUACUAAGAAGAGCUUGACCGGAAUCAAAGGAUUGUCCGAGGCAAAAGUUGAUAAGAUCUGUGAAGCUGCAGAGAAAAUUGUGAAUUUUGGAUAUAUCACUGGAAGUGAUGUUCUGCUCAGAAGAAAAGCUGUAAUUCGCAUCACAACAGGAAGCCAAGCACUGGAUGAAUUGCUAGGGGGGGGGAUCGAAACUCUGUGCAUUACAGAAGCUUUUGGGGAAUUCAGAUCUGGAAAAACACAACUGGCUCAUACUCUCUGUGUCUCCACACAGCUUCCUACUAAUAUGAAAGGAGGCAAUGGAAAGGUUGCUUACAUUGACACUGAGGGAACUUUCCGACCAGAUCGCAUAGUACCUAUAGCCGAAAGAUUUGGAAUGGAUCCAGGAGCUGUACUUGACAAUAUCAUAUAUGCUCGUGCUUACACAUAUGAGCAUCAGUACAACCUGCUUCUUGGUCUAGCAGCAAAAAUGGCUGAAGAGCCCUUCAGACUUUUGAUUGUCGAUUCAGUGAUAGCUCUCUUCCGAGUAGACUUUACUGGAAGAGGAGAACUUGCAGAACGCCAGCAAAAGUUGGCUCAAAUGCUCUCUAGACUGAUAAAGAUUGCCGAAGAAUUCAACGUUGCCGUAUACAUGACCAACCAGGUUAUAGCUGAUCCAGGAGGAGGGGUCUUCAUAUCAGAUCCGAAGAAGCCAGCAGGAGGGCAUGUGCUUGCUCAUGCUGCCACAAUAAGGCUUAUGUUCAGGAAGGGUAAAGGCGAACAGCGCGUUUGCAAGGUGUUUGAUGCUCCAAAUCUUCCCGAGGCUGAAGCAAUAUCCUUUCCCAUUUUAUUGUACUGUUUAGCUGAAUAUCAUUCACAUUUUAUACCAAUAAAUUCAAUAGCGGAUUAAAAUCCGUUCUAUUUUCUGAACGAAGUUCCAUGUCAUGAUUACUCCCUCUAAUCAAUUGAAAUAAGUUUUUCUUGACAGAAGCAAGUUUUUCAAAUAACUCCAGGUGGAAUUGCAGAUGCAAAGGAUUGAAUCAGCUAUAGUUUCUUUCUGCAUUUAAUACCAGCAAGUAAUGUUUUAUCUCAUUUUUUCAUGUAUGUAAAGUUCUGUCAUAUAUAGAGUAGUUCGUAGUAGUAUAGUAUAUAGAGCUGCUGACAAGACUUGAUGAUUUUUCUUAACGAACAUUAAAGUUUUCGUUAAAGCAGCCUCAAGUAUGUAUCGGUAUAACAACGGCUGGUAUAUGUAUCUGAUUCAACGUAAAUAGUUACGUACAACCACAGUUAUCUGACUGUAAACAGUAAA